AUGUCUGCUACAAACGGAUCAAACGGAGCCACCAAUGGCACUAAGGAGAAGAUCGAUUACACCAAGGUCCCAGGUCCUCUCGGUCUUGAGAGCGCCAGCCUGAAGGGCAAAGUUGCUUUGGUUACUGGAUCAGGUCGUGGUAUCGGUGCCGAAAUGGCCUGUGAGCUCGGUCGUCGCGGCGCAAAAGUUAUUGUAAACUACGCCAACUCCGAUGCCGCUGCUCAAGAGGUCGUCAACACUAUCAAGAAGGCCGGUUCCGAGGCAGUUGCCCUACAAGGAAAUGUUUCCGUCGUCUCUGAUAUCAUCAACCUUUUUGCUCAAGCCAAGAAGCAAUGGGGUAAACUCGACAUUGUUUGCUCCAACUCUGGUGUCGUUACCUUCGGACAUAUCAAGGAUGUUACUGAGGAGGAAUACGACCGUGUCAUGAACAUCAACACCAGAGGUCAAUUCUUCGUUGCCAGAGAGGCUUACAAGAACUUGGAAGUUGGAGGUCGUUUGAUCAUGAUGGGUUCCAUCACUGGUCAAGCUAAGGGUGUUCCUCAACACACUGUCUACUCUGGUUCCAAGGGUGCUAUCGAGACUUUCGUCCGCUGCAUGGCUAUUGACUUUGGUGACAAGAAGAUCACCGUCAACUGCAUUGCUCCAGGUGGAAUCCGUACCGAUAUGUACCACAAGGUCUGCCGUGAAUACAUUCCUAACGGCGCCAACCUCAACGACGAUGAAGUCGAUGAGUAUGCCGCUACCUGGUCGCCACUCCACAGAGUCGGUCUCCCCAUCGAUAUUGCCAGAGUUGUUUGCUUCUUGGCAAGUCAAGAUGGUGAGUGGGUUAACGGAAAGGUCAUUGGUAUCGAUGGUGCGGCUAUGAUGUAA